AUGGAAUUGUGUUCGAUGACGACGACGACCAAGGCUGCCUCGUACUGGACAUGUCACCUCUCCACCGUGUCGUCGGAAAGGCGCCCAGAUCCUCUAGACUUGAUUGCUCUAUGCCGAAAGGAUUCUCGACGGCUAGAGAACUGGGUAGAACAGUGGCGACGGCCGAACUGUUCUUAUGUUGCUGAAUACGACUUCCCCGAGGCUAUGCCACAUCUUGAUCCUCUGGUCGACACCGCCAUGUUUGGCCCGGCAGCAUCCCUGGCCGACCUGCUCAGGCUUGACCUCCACGGCCCUGACUUUGCCAAAGACUCGGCAUGGACUGCCGUUACACAUGUUAUCACGCGAGACCACAUCCCGACCAUCAAAACCUCCUCGAGCACAAGGCCCUCCGGUCAAGCCUGUGCUACACUGCAUUUUCCUACGAGGUCGGAAUGGGGAGAUGUAUUUGAUUUCCUGGUCCGAGAGCUGCGCGAAGACCUCUUAGACCACGGCAACGGCAUGUUGUGCCUCGCAGCUCGCAGUGGAUGCCUCGCGCUGGUCAAAAAGCCCUUUGUUGCGGCCGAGAGAGAUGGUGAUCUGCGAAGAUCAAUCCUAGCGGUGCAUCGGAAAUUGAGCUGCGGAAACCAGUUUUUGGGCACCCACCAAUCUAUUGGCGAGGCAGCCUGCGAGGGUCACGCCGACAUUGUUCGCUCUCCGUGCCAGCAGACCAACAUCGAGCCGCACCUACCAUAUGCAAGCCAAGAUGGCAACACUAUGUUCCACCUUGCCGCGAGGGGCGGUAACACUGAAGUUUUCCGAAUCCUCAUCCAGUGGUGGCCCGAAGUGGUUCAUCUUAGGGACCAUGCGCACGACACCUCUCUGGUCGAUCUCAUAUACAGGAGUCCCGGGGGCGAGGCCGAGACGGUGAACCUCGUCAGGCUCCUCUUGAGUUAA